CACGAGCUGUACUUUUUUUUUCUGGGUUUUAUAAUCCUUGUUUACAUAUCUACCCAUAAGAAAUUGAUUUUUAAAUUUGUGCAGGGUUUUAACAAGCGCCCAGAUGAUGAUUUUAAUUUGCCAUUUGUAAUGAUGAGUACACUGAAACGAGGUGAAAUCACUGAUUCAGAUGCGAUUUCACAGCAAGUAAAACUUUGCUCUGAGGUAGAUGAAGAGAAUAUAGAAACAAUGAAUGAAUUGUAUUCAAAACUCUACAAAGAGGCUGAGAAGAUCAAGCAGUGGAAACUAACUGUAGAGUCAGAACUAAAGCAGAAAGAAAGAAAACUGCAAGAAAAUAGGAAGAUUAUUGAAGCACAGCGUAAAGCCAUUCAAGAAUUGCAGUUUGAAAAUGAAAAACUAAGUUUAAAACUGGAAGAUGAGAUAUGUGAAAAUAAAGAUCUUUUAAAAGAAAAUGGCGCUUCAAGGCAUCUGUGUAAUCUGCUCAAGGAAACUUGUACUCACUUCACAGAGAAGUCCACCAAAUAUGAACAAGAAAAAGAAGAAACAAGACAACUAUACAUAGAACUUAAUAACAACGUUGAAAGAAUGAUAAUGUCAUUUGAAGAGCUUCGUGUGCAAGCAGAGAACACCAGAUUGGAAAUGUGUUUCAAAUUAAAAGAAGAAGCAGAAAAAGUGGACAAGUUUGAAAAAGAAUGCAAACUGGAAGUCAGUAUGAUGGAAAAGCAGAUUUCAGCUCUUACCAUACAGAGUGAUGAAAAAGAUGAUAUAAUAAGAGACAUCAAGACUCAGCUGCAGGAAUCCAAAAAUAAAAUUGCCAAUUUAGUAGAAGCAAAAAGACAUGAAGGAGAAAUGUUAAAGGAAUCCCAGAUCAAUCAAGAACAUUUGAGGGUAGAACUGGAAGAGGCCAAAGCUUCACUGCAAAAAACAGAGGUUACUCAAAAGAGCUUAGAAAACGAAUUGCAGACUGCAGUGAAAGCAUUAAUUCAGGUCACUGGAGAAAAAGAAGCACAGGUGGAAGAAUGUAAAAAAAUUAAAGCUUUGCAUGCAUCCCUGAUAGAGGAGUUUGAGACUUCUAUUUCCAAUUUGAAAAGCAUGCUGCAAAAAGAGCAAAAUAGAUUGGAGAAAUAUGAAGAAGAGUCAAAGCAACUUACCUUGGAGCUCAAAAAUAAGUCUGCUGAACUGGAAGACAUGACUAAACUGAAAUGCGACAAAGAAGUGCAACUUGAAGAGCUGUCAGAAACACUGGGAAAAGUGGAAGGACUUCUAGUGAAGAAGAAAGAUCUUGAGGCUACUGUAGAAAAUCUGCAGGAGAGAGAAAAAGAAAUGAAAAAUGCUCUCCAAAUCAGAGAGGAAGAAAUCCGUGAUUUGAAAUUACAACUGACUAGUACAGCUGAAAAGGAACAAAAUUAUUUAAAACAGCUUACGACACUGAAUACAGAUCUUGAACAAGAGGCGCUAAAGAACGAACAAUUAACAGUGUAUAUCAAUAAGCUUUUAUUAGAAAAGGACCAAAUAGCACAAGAGAAAAGUGGUAUGGCUACAGAAAUCAAGAAACUGCAAGAAAAUCACAAGGAUAGUAGAAAAAGAGAAGAAAAUACAAAGCAGUUAGUUGAAAACCUGGAAGAAGCAAAUGGCCAGCUAAGAAAUGAACUGGAGUCUUUGAAGAAGAUGGCAAAGAAAGGUGAAGAGAUUAAAAGUAAACUGGAUGAAAGAGAAGAAAAUGCUAAGAGUAUUGAAAAUCAGAUGUCAAGAAAGGAGAAGCAGUUGAAGAUUCUAGAAAAUAAGUUCAACAAUGUAAAGAAACAGGUGGAAAAUAAAACCAAAUGUAUUGAAGAGUUGCAACAGGAGAAUAAGGUGCUAAAAAAGAAAAUUACUGCAGAAAGCAAGAAAACGAGUAGUUAUGAAGUGAAGGUGAAUAAAUUACAGUUAGAGAUGGAAAAUAUGAACAAGCAACAUAAGGAAACAGUUGACAUCUAUCAAAAAGACAUUGAAACAAAAAAAGUAAACGAAAAUAAACUUCUUGAAGAGGUAGAAAAGAUGAGGUUGCUUGCUGAUGAAGCAACAAUAACACAGAGAGAAACUGAUAUCCGAUGUCAACACAAAAUAACUGAAAUGGUGGCACUUAUGGAAAAACACAAGCAUGAAUAUGAUAAAAUGGUUGAAGAAAAAGAUGCAGAGUUAAAACUUUAUAAAAUAAAAGAGCAAGAGCACUUAUCAUCAAAAAGAUCACUGGAAAAUGAGCUCUCAUGUUUGAAAAACGAACUGUCAUCCCUUAAGGAACAACUCAAAGCAGAAAUUGAAGAGAAGAAAAUGCAGACUCAUUUUUGUGAGACUCCUAAACCUCAUUUAGAUCUGGAUGGUGAAUCUAUUAAUUUAAAAAAUAAAAAGUCUCCAAAUGAGAUUCCUACAAAAGUCAACGUGAUGGAAAAGAAAAAAAUGCCUCCUUCAGUAUCUGCAAAGAGUCCCUUGGGUAGUCCAUCAUUAGAGACAUAUAUUAUAAAGACUCCUCCAAUAUGUAAAUUGCAAAGUGAAAGCACAAGUCUGCAUUCAGAACAGGGCAUGAGGAAAAAGCAAAAAGUGGUUCUGCAGCUGGAUGCCCAGUCAGACAGCUCGGAACACAGCGACCUCCUGAGUAUAGUCUCGGAGGAAGAAAUGUUUAAAAAAUUGUACAAAGAUUAUCCUCACGCUUCACAAUUAUAUGCCAUGACACCAAAAAAGAAACCAACUACAUCAAACAUGAGAACUCCAGGCUCUGUACUGAAACUUACAACCAUGAGGAAAAUGCGAGAGGCUGGGUGGACUGCAGUUUCUAAAAUGGACAGGAAAAGAAAAAUUAAAGAAGCUGAAAAGCUCUUCACUUAAAAUGAAAAAAUGACUAGUGCCCUAGUAUUCUUUGAUUAGUACAACCACAGUAUUAUGAUUCUUUCAGUUAGUACAUUGUUGCAUUUUUUUCUCAUACUCAUUAUGUUCAAUGCUACAUUAAUUUCCUUUAUACACAUAAACUUUAUCGAUACGUAACCACCUGCAGAGCAUUAUCUGCAUUUCAUUCCCUGUGCUAUAAAAGUCAGGAGACAAAUUAGCCCAUUUUUAAAUUUUGAAACAAGUAUAACUACGUAGAAAGCUGUUUCAAACAGGAGAAAAAAAAAAAAGUCUGCCAUUGGAAAUACUGGUUUUAGAGAAAUUCAGUUCUGUUCUUUAAAAUUUAGUCUAUUUUUCUUAAUA